AUGCGACUGUCAAUCUCGUGCUUAUUUGCUUCCUUUGCUUGCGCUGUCCUCGCAGAUGCUGUAGGACGAGUCUCAACGAGGGGAGUGACGCCUCAAAAGCGCGAAGUACCCGCUGGGUAUGUGACAACAAGUGGCGCCGGAUUUGAGUUGGAUGGAGAACCAUUCUAUUUCGUUGGGACAAACGCCUUUUGGCUGCCGCUGCUGAUCACAGAAGAUGACGUCGAUGCUACCUUUCAGACUAUGGCGGGUGCAGGCAUCAAAGUCGCGCGAACUUGGGCCUUCAAUGCUAUCAAUGCCACGCAGCUUCCUGACGUGCUUUCCACUAACCUUACGUACUAUCAAGUCUGGAACAACAGCGACUGGACCUUAAACGAGGGCCCGCAAGGUUUGCAACGACUUGACUACGUGGUCUCCGCUGCGGAAAAAUACGGUAUUCGUCUGAUUCUAACGUUCGGCUAUGGUGGCAUGGAACUUUACAUAUAUCACAUACUCGGCAACCAUGCCACUCAUGAUGAAUUCUACACGAACCCCACUAUUAUUGCUUCGUAUCAAUCUUACGCGCAAAGUAUCGUCGAGCGUUACAAAAGCUCUUCCGCUGUUUUUGCCUGGGAGCUCAUGAAUGAAGCUCGUUGCGCCGGCGAUAGCCUUCCUUCCGGACCCAACUGCGUUCCCGGCUCGGAAACAUUGACAACAUGGUACCAGCUUCAGUCCGACUUCGUGCGUAGUCUCGAUCCGUACCAUAUGAUCACGACUGGCGGUGAGGGCCAAUUUUAUUGGGCCGUCCCUGACACAUACUGGUAUAAUGGCACCCUCGUUAGCGAUUUCAAUUUCAACGGCGAAGCCGGCGAAGAUUUCGAAGCUAGUCUAUCUCUGCCAAACAUUGACUUUGGAACUUAUCAUCUGUACCCUCAAACCUGGUACCCCGAAUUAGACUACCCUGGGUCUAACUUCUCUGUUGAGGAUUGGGGCUUGGGUUGGAUUGAGGCUCACGCGAACACGGCAGCUUACGUCGGAAAGCCUCUUCUGAUAGAAGAGUUCGGAGUAACAGGAUUAGACAACAAGUCAUCCAUAUAUCCUGUAUGGUACAAUUCACCUAGUGGAAUCCAACCUUGGCAGUUUGGCGAGCUGAACCUGACUGAGGAUGGUGGAAAUCGACUCAUCCAAUACACCGAUCAAAUUUAUCAGGGGGCAUCACCCAAUGAUGGCUUCACAUUCUACAUCAACCAAACCUCCGUCUGGGACAUAUUCACAGCGGCUGCUGCAGUGCAAUCAUACCGAUCCGGCUGA